AUGCUAUGGCAACGAAAGCUAGAAUCAGUAGCAACAGAUUGCUCAAAGGAAUUGAAUUUAGGAGACAGUGCUGCCAUCGCUGCAGAAAUUUACUACGAAAAUGAACUGCAAGCACUGUUCGCACCGGCUUGUUACAAUGAUUUAGGAAUUGUUGGAAAAUUAACUAAAGAAUGGAAUAUUUUGCAAAUUAAUUUUGCAAGCGAGCAUUUUGAUGAUUACAGCUUUGUUGUGCAAACAUCAGCUUUAUCAUCCCUGAAUGCUGCUUUCAACUUGGUUGCGGUUUUCGAAAUGAUGUCAUGGAAUAAGGUAGCUUUAAUUUGGUCUGUGACGGCAUUCAAGAAUAAAUAUGUCACUAAAGUAAGGAUUAACAAUAUCCGGAGAAUAUUCACUCUGAAGGGAAUUACUUUAUUGCACGAUGUCAGUAUUAACUUAUCUAAUAGAACUCAAUCAUUAGAAGCUACAUUGUCGGGAAUCAAAGAAACAUCACGAAUAUGGAUUCCAAUAUUUGGAUAUACUCUCAAAGAUUAUAUGGAAUUUUUGAGGGCAGUGAAAAAAAUUAACUUAGACCUUACUGUUUAUGUUAUCAUUUUGCUGGAUUUUUUCGUACUGAAGGAAUUUCGAUUGCCAUGGAUCCUUCCUGAUCAGAGCACAAAUAAAACUAUAAAAUCGUUGUAUGAUAAAACUCUUGCCAAUUAUUACUAUGCAAAAAGUGAUUUGUCGUUUAUAGCAGAAAAUAGCACGAGUGACAUUGAUGAUCUGACAGUUGUUUUAUAUGCUCAGGUCUAUGAAUCUGGCUGGUUAUUUUCCACGAUUAUUCGUGAUUUUUUCUAUGACAAGCAGAAUCACACAAAGCAUAAUGGAGAAACAAAUUCUCUUGCAAAAUCUGUUAAAAAUAAGCAUUUUAAUGGACCCUUUGGUCCGAUAUCGCUAAAUGAGUACGCAAUUCGGAUUAUUCCAUUUGACGUUGGAUAUGUCGAAGUUUCAAAGGAUAAACCUGUCAAAUUUGCCAAAUUAUUUUUGUCAAACAUAUGUGAUGUGCCAGAAGGAACAAUGGGAAAUAAUCGGAGUUGCGUGAAAUUGCUUCUUUUUCUUUCUUGCCAACAUUCACUACGUGAAAUACGUCAACUGAAAGGAGCAAUAAAAAAUUACCAUACAAAAAUAAGUGAACAAUUUCCUGCAGACGUGCCCCUAUGUGGCUUUGAUGGAAACCUUUGCGAUAAUACAAGAAAGACUGGUGAGAGUGCACAAAUGCCAUGGGCGAUUCCUUACCAUGCAAUUAGAUUUGCUGAUUCUGAAGCAUCUUCGAUGAUAUCAGUACACAGUUUUCAAAUUAAAAUGGAUCGAAAAUUGAAUUUCAAUGACUUGCUAAGAAAUCGACGGUUUGCUACAGUUGAACUUGGAACAGUAAUCGUAGAAGCGUACAAUCUUAGUGAACGAUUACUUUUUGGUGAUUCUGAUAUGGCAUUGCUACAUCAGAUGAAACAACUUGUCCACGAUAACGUUAAUCAGUUUAUUGGGAUAUGCUUUGAUAAGCGAACUGAAUUUUACACUAUUUGGAAUCAUUGUUUCCGUGGAACGCUUGCUGAUAUGAUGUUUGUUAACACUGCCAGCGGUCCUGGAAAAAAAAUUGAUGGUCCUGCAUUUGAUGAAAAUUUCAAACGAGCUUUUGUUCGAGAUAUUAUUCGAGGGUUGGAAUUUUUGCAUUCCUCAGCAAUUGGUUAUCACGGAUCAUUGACCCCAUCACAAUGUCUGAUUGAUAGUCGUUGGAUUCUGAAACUUUCUGGAUUUGGUAUAUCCAAGUUACUCUACAAAUGGAAAAUUAGAGGUUUAUUAAGUGCAAAAGACAGAAAACCAUUGAUUUUAAAUUCAGAUUUAUAUUAUUAUGCACCAGAAUUGCGUGAUGUAUUGAGAGAUAUGAUGACUAGAGGAAAUGAAUUUAUGAGUAUGAAACAAGGCCGAGCUGCUGAUAUGUAUGCAUUUGGUAUAAUUUUGUUCGAAGUCGUUUUUCGCAAAAAGGUUGUUGUAUUCAGCGAUAAUCAUUAUGGUAUCGAAGCAGAAAAGGAAGAAGAUGUCGGUAUUUUCAAUGAGGCCAUUGAAGCACUGAUUCCACACUAUCCAAGUAUACCGAGAAAUACUGAAGUUCAUCCAGAUCUGCUGGAGCUAAUGCGCAAGUGCUGGAGUGAUAAGCCUGAAGGACGUCCGGAUGCUACGUUAGCACGCAAAAUUACAGAUGCAACGAUGAAAAUUUCUGGUAGUUUGGUUGAUCAAAUGAUCAAAAAUCUUGAACAGUAUACCAAUAAUUUGGAAAAUUUGGUGAAAGAACGAACUCAUCAACUUGAGAAGACGCAAGAACACGCUGAACGUUUGCUUCUUGAAUUGCUACCAAAAUCUGUAGCUGAUGAGCUGAAAAUUGGUCGUCGAGUUGAUCCAAAAUGUUACAAGUCAGCGACAGUUAUGUAUUCAGAUAUUGUCGGGUUCACGUCACUUUGUAGUGAAAGUUCACCGAUGGAAGUUGUUACGUUGCUUAGUGGCAUUUUCAAGAAUUUCGAUAUGAUUAUAUCUAAGCAUAAAUGUUAUAAGGUAGAAACAAUUGGGGAUGCAUACAUGGUGACCUCAGGUGUGCCAAAUGCUAGUAGAUACGAUCACGUCCGAGACAUUGCUUCUGUUGCAAUUUUGAUGCGCGAUUUUCUAUCUGAAUAUGAGAUACCACACCGACCAAAGCAAAAGUUACAUUGUCGUUGGGGUUUCAACACGGGACCUGUAUUCGCCGGGGUUGUUGGUUUGAAUGCUCCAAGAUAUUGUGUCUUUGGACAAACGGUAACUUUAGCUUCGAAAAUGGAAAACAGCGGUGUGGCGGAUAAAAUCCAGAUAACUUUGAAGAGUUAUCAACUGCUAACAGCCCGUUAUCCGGAAUUCAGAUGCUCGCCACGGGGUGGAGUUCGAAUUGAUGUUUGUUUUUACAAACUUUUCAUCGCUUAUAAAUAAAA